AUGGCACACUCAAAUAAUGAAACGCCUGAGGGCAUUGGUUCCUUGCUGGAUACAGAUCUUUACAAGCUUACCAUGCAAUGUGCUGUCCUGAAGUACUUCCCUGACAUUGAGGUCACCUACCGUUUCACCAACCGCACCGCCGACCUCAAGCUUAACCGCCAAGCUUAUCACUGGCUGCAGAAGCAAAUCGCCCAGCUCGCCAACAUUCGCGUCACAGACGAGGAGAUUGAGUACCUCAGUCAACACUGCUCUUAUCUCACACCCGAGUACCUCGACUUCCUGCGCAACUUCUCUCUCCGCCCAACCGAACAAGUCGAACUCUCUUUCCAACCAUCCACUCAGAAUGACAAGGAAUCAGAAUCAGACGAGGGCGACAUUGCUCUUUUCGUGAAAGGUCGCUGGCUAGACACAAUCCUUUAUGAGAUCCCGUUGCUCGCUCUCGUCUCCGAGGCAUACUUCAAGUUCUGCGACACAGAUUGGAACCACGAGGGACAGGUUGACAAGGCCUACGAGAAGGGUCUUCGCUUGCUUGAGGCGGGAUGUUCAUUCUCCGAGUUCGGUAGCCGAAGAAGAAGGGAUUACAAGACCCACGACAUGGUCAUGCAAGGCUUGCACCAGGCAAAGGACGAGGCUACUAAGCGCAGCUUCCCUGGAAAGUGGGCUGGUACCAGCAAUGUGCACUUGGCCAUGAAAUACAACGUUCCUCCUGUAGGAACUGUCGCCCACGAAUGGUUCAUGGGAAUUGCUGCCAUCACCGAUGACUACAAGAAGGCCAACGAGACGGCAUUACAGUACUGGAGUGGUACCUUUGGCCGUGGAGUUUUGAGUAUCGCUCUCACCGAUACAUUCGGCACACCAGAUUUCCUCAAGGCCUUCAAGAGACCUGCACCACCAGGUCACUCGCGCGAUCCCAGCCUGGACAAGCCAAACCCUAGCUUUGCUGAAGUUUACACUGGAACACGACAAGACUCUGGCAACCCCUUCGAGUUCAUCAAGAGAAUGCGCGAUUUCUACGACGAGCAGAACAUCACAGUGCCUAAGACUAUUGUCUUCUCGGAUUCGCUGAACGUGGACCGCUGCAUCGAGUACAUGUACGCUACCCAGGCAGCAAAAUUGGUGCCUAGUUUCGGCGUGGGAACUUUCUUCACAAACGACUUUAUCAAGAAGAGUUCUGGCGAGAAGAGCGUGCCGCUCAACAUCGUCAUCAAGCUGUUCGAGGCGGACGGCAGGCCAUGCAUCAAGAUCAGCGACAAUCUAGGCAAGAACAUGGGCGACUCGGAGCUGGUGGCAAAGGUCAAGCACGAGCUCGGCUAUGUCGAAAAAUCUUGGUCAGGAGGCGAUGAGACGAAGAGAUGGGGAACCGCAAAGGAAAGCGCUUGA